AUAUAGAUAAUGCUUUCCCAUUUGGCCGUUUGGCUCAUCGGCUCAUUAGAAAACAAAUCACCUUUUUAUUUUAUUUUAUGUCGUUAGCCGUUGAAAUGUUUGGCCAAAGCUCUAUAUAUAGUGCCUCAUGUUCUCAUUUUUCUAUCACCGAGAAAACCCACUUCUCUCAUUCUUUCACUUCCACUUGGCUAAAAUUUCAGCACUAUCUCACCUUUUCACAGUCAAGUUUUCUUCCAAAAAUGUUAUGUAGUUCUAAAAUAUUUGGGCAACUCUGGUUUGUGGCUUUGUUCACAUUCUUCUACUGGGCAAUUCUAGAAGAGGAAGCUUGAGAGCAUUUCGGUUUGAAUCUUGGAGCCGUUAUAAUCCGUCAUCACCUUCACAUAGGAGAGGACUAUUGGUUUUAAGAUAGUGUAUCACGCCUCCCGAUUGUGUUUCAGAUGGGUCUGCUAUUUUCAUGGUCCUUAUUCCUUACUCUCUUGCUUUCGGCUUCAGUUGCCGACUCUGUUCAUGGCGGGAACAAGACCGACCGACUAGCCCUGCUCUCGUUCAAGGCCCAAAUCACGGGCGAUCAUUUUGGAACUCUCAACUCGUGGAAUGAAUCCAUCCACUUCUGCCAAUGGGUUGGCGUAACAUGUAGCCGCCGCCACCCCACGAGGGUCACUGUGCUGAACCUGGCUCAUCGAAAAUUGGUGGGGCCCGUAUCACCACACAUUGGAAAUCUAAGCUUUCUUAAGAAACUAUUGCUGAGUAACAACAGCUUCAGCCAUGAAAUCCCACCACAACUUGGCCGUUUGAAAAGGCUACAACUGCUAGCUAUGGAUAACAAUUCAUUUACCGGUGAGAUUCCCACCAACAUAUCUGGUUGCUCUAACCUCAUUGACCUUUACCUCGAUGGAAAUAAUAUAUCGGGGAAAAUCCCCGUGGAGCUUGGUUCCCUCUCUAAGCUACAGACACUGAGUAUUUAUAAUAACCAUCUAGGUGGAGGAAUUCCUUCUGCUUUUGGUAAUCUAUCGUCUCUUAUUCACUUCGUGGUACCAGCUAAUAGGAUUGGUGGGAGUAUUCCUUCUGCACUGGGAAAAUUGAAAAAUCUAAAAUAUCUUAAUCUUGCAGUGAAUAUAUUGGUUGGUACCAUUCCUUCCUCAAUCCUUAAUGUCUCUUCUCUCACAGCCUUUAAUGUGCUAAAUAACCGACUUGAAGGCAUGCUUCCCUUGGAACUUGGAAAUACUCUUCCUAAUCUUCGGUUAUUCGGAGUUGGCGGGAACUCAUUUAAUGGAUCUAUUCCAAUAUCCAUAUCUAAUGCCACCAAACUCAGUUACAUUGGUUUUGGAUUUAACAAGUUUACCGGAAAAGUGCCUUAUUUGGGAAAGUUGAAUAAUCUUAGGUGGUUAGACCUGGCUGAAAAUUAUCUCGGAUCUGGGGAAGCUGAUGACUUGAGUUUUCUCAAUUCUUUAACCAAUGCUACGAAGAUGACCAAUCUAGGCCUGUCUAGAAACAAUUUCGGAGGGUUAUUACCCAGGCGGAUAGGCAAUCUCUCAACUGAACUUCAUUAUUUGAGAAUACAUACCAAUAAAAUAGUUGGGAGCAUCCCAACUGGGAUAGGUAAUCUGGUCAAUUUACAAUGUCUUGGUUUGGCCGACGACCAUUUGACAGGUCAAAUUCCUUCUGAUAUUGGUAAGCUUCAAAAUCUAGUGAUUUUGGGUCUCUCCAAUAACAAAUUCUACGGGGACAUCCCGUAG